CUGCUUAUCCCAUGGCAGUAGAAAACCAAGAUGGCGGACGUAUCAACAUUUGUCGACAAAACUCUUUCUCUGUUGAAUAUCGAGAGGAAAGCCGAGGUAGACGAGGCGAGAACACUACAAGAGAGCUCAAAUUUGAACGAACUUCAGAAAAAGGGUGUAUGUUUGUUGAGAUUACGAGUACAAAGUCGCUGUACGGGGUUGUAUGGGAGAUAUUUGUUGACGUUUGAGAGUUCGAGAUUUGGGACGGACGGGACGUUGGCUGCUCAUCGAAUUACUCCAGGUGACAUUGUUGGUGUUAGUUACAACAGUCCUGCUGGUAAAACACAAGAGUUAUGUUCUGGUAUAGUCACCCGUGUUACUCAGACGACUGUAGUGGUGGCAUUCGAUGAUGCUGCUGAUACUGAUGAGCUUGAUGAUGAUGGACCCUACAAGCUGAACAGACUGGCCAAUGAUGUCACAUAUAAAAGAAUUAAAAGUGCCAUGCAAGAUUUGUCAAAAUACAGGGGGGGAACGGCAUCACAUCUCAUUGAUGUCCUCUUUGGCAAUUCCGAAGUUGGUCUUCCAUUGCAGUCUGAUCAUCUUGACUUGAGCAAGAACACAGAAGAAGGGGGUGGGUUCUUUAACACCUCUUUGAAUGAGUCACAGAAGGCAGCUGUGAGGUUUGCAUUGAGUCAGAGAGAAAUUGGUGUAAUUCAUGGCCCCCCUGGAACAGGCAAGACUACAACAGUUGUUGAAAUUAUACUACAAGCUGUAAAGAAGCUGGGAAUGAAGGUACUUGCCUGUGCUCCUUCAAAUGUUGCUGUUGACAAUCUGGUUGAAAAGUUGGCAAAAAGUAAAGCUAAGGUUGUACGACUGGGUCAUCCUGCCAGGCUCUUGAAAUCAAUCCAACAAUAUUCUCUUGAUGCAAUCCUCACAUCAUCAGAUGCUUCUGCCAUUAUACGAGAUGUCAGAAAAGAUAUUGACAAAGCAUUGACAAGCUCGAGAAAGUCCCGCGGAGCUGCAGAGAGAAAAAACCUAAGGCAAGAAAUCAAAACCCUUCGGAAAGAACUACGACAUAGAGAAAAGAAAGCAAUCAAAGAGAUUCUCACAGGUGCUGAGGUCGUCUUGGCAACCAAUACCAGUGCAGCGAGUGAUGGUCCUUUGGGUGGGGUCAUGGAAAAUCAUUUUGAUCUGGUGGUGAUAGAUGAAGCUGCACAGGCUUUGGAAGCCAGUUGUUGGAUUCCUUUGCUAAGAGCACCAAGGUGUAUAUUAUCAGGCGAUCACCACCAGUUACCUCCAACUAUCAUCUCUCAUGAAGCAGCCAAGAAAGGCCUGGACGUGACUUUAAUGCAAAGAGUCGUACAACUAUAUGGAGACAAAGUAGUCCACAUGUUGACUACUCAAUACAGAAAUAAGACUACCUUUCAUUUUAAUACCAGUGUUAAUAGCGAUUUUUCUAUAUUCCAGGUUGAAUUGUUAAGAAUACGUCUGAUACCUUCGUUUCCUUCACUUGAAAUCAAAUCCGUGGAUGGGUUCCAGGGGAGAGAGAAAGAGGCUGUGGUCAUUUCAUUAGUUCGAUCAAACAAAACAGGUGUUGUUGGUUUCCUGGCCGAGGACAGGAGAAUUAACGUGGCCAUAACACGUGCUCGACGUCACUUAGCUGUUAUCUGUGACUCUGAGACAGUUAGCCAUCAUUCCUUCCUCAAAUCCUUGAUUGACUAUAUGAACGACAAUGGCGAAGUACGCUCUGCUAUGGAGUAUCUCCAUGGAAACGUCAUUACUGCUGACGUUUCUACUCUUGAAUCAAGCUCCAUAGCAACGCACGUGGGAAUCCGAGAUACCCACCCUUUGGUUUCCAAGGAAACGAAAGAAGGCUGUGAUGUCGAUAAUAACACAAAGAAAAGCGAGAAUAUGAGAAAUCCCUUGGAGCCAUCUUCACUAAAGCAUAAUGUCAAGAGCUCAAGUAAAUUUAAUUCUACAAAUUCUAUUUUGCGAGAAAAAUAUUGUCUAGAAGAAAAGUUAGGAAUUGAAAAAGAUUUGCCAGAUAAAAGAAGCGAACCAAGCGAAAAGACAAAAUAUACGAACAAUAAAGUUGAACAUAGAAUUAAAAAUAAUUUCGAAAAGAAAAAGUUUGCUAAUGAGAAAAGAGAUGUAGUCGAUUCUUCAAGAAUACCACUCUCAAAAGAACAAUUAGAGGAACAAAUUCAAGGUUUUUUAAAGAGUAAGAUGAAGGAAUUGGUAUUCAGCAACGAACUAACGUCGAAGGAAAGAUUUUACGUUCACUCUAUAGCAGAAGACAUGUGCUUGGAACACGAGAGUAAAGGAGAAGGAGAAAAAAGGCAUAUUGUUGUUAGAAAAAUAAUGAAGAAAGUUGAAAUAGAGAAAGAUGACGAUCUGCUCAGCACUUGCCAAAUCUGCAAGAAGAAGCUCCCAACAUGUAACCUUACGCUACACCUGCUUCGGUGUGAACAGCAACAAAAACAAAGAACAGCAGCAGCAGCAAUGGCGAAAAAUGAACCAUUCUCUGAUACAGACGAUGUGGUUAAGAAAAAGAAAAAGACAAAGAAAACGGAUAAGAAUCCACAAAGUUUCUCCAAAGUCAAGAACGAUGAAGAAGACCUAGAUGUAAUGCUAGCAAAGUUUACCCACGCUGACACAAGGUGUGCUUUUGAAUUGUGUAAGCAGUGUAUCACAAUGCUGGGACAGACUUGUCGAUGUUGCAGCAACACAUAUUGCUUGUCGCAUCAUAUUCCCGAGGUCCAUGGUUGUGGUGACCAGGCCAAGGUACUCUCCAGAAAGAGCCUGGGGAAGACUGAGCCACGUAAACCAAAGAAACUUGAUUCGACGCGUAAAGCACAGCUGCAGAAGAAACUCGAUAAGAAAGUGAAUGAAAUGGUUGAUAAACGGAAACAUAAAAACAAGGAAUAGCUUAAUAGAUCUUAUUUCAGUGCCAUGGUGCAUUCUUGGGCUGCAUGUUACGUCAUAGCCGCCAUGUUGGUUGACUAUACAAAGCUUUUCUUGUUAGAUCAAUACCCAAGAUGGCGGCUCUUUCUUUGUUAUUUAUAUCUCGAAGGGAUUUUUGUGUCACAUGGUCGCACCCCAAGAACAGGUUAUACAUUAUUCUCAUUGAGCUUCAUUCUGAUUUGCUGCAAGGGGUCAUUUGGUAUCCUUCCUUCUUAGCCCUUCCCAAACAAUCUCACUGAAGCAUUUCUAAUGCUCUCUCCCUCAUCCAAAGUUUGUUAACCAAAUAUUCUUCGUUAGCACGUACAUCUUAGCGGCCAUGUUGGUGAUAAUUUACCCCCAAAAUGUUUCUAAUUAACUUCGCUUGUUUUAUCACCAACAUGGUCGCCAUCACACCUUGUCAUUUAACUCCUUUGGGAACGCUUGCAAAUAAUAAUUAGUUCAACUCAUUGCACCUUGAAAUUCCUUAUCUGGGAUUCAAAACCAAAUAGUUGACUUCUCUUUAGAUUGGAAAGCAAAACCAAAUAGUUGACUUCUCUUUAGAUUGGAAAGCAUUUUUCACGUCAAAUGCAAAUGGUCGUGAUGUUACUACCGAAGCAUCAUCUUAACUUUGAUCAUCCCCAUCCCUCAUUCUCUCUGUGAUUUCCCAAGGAACUGAAUUAAUAUACAUGUAUUUCAAUAAAGUCAGUCACCGAAAACCUAGAAAGCUGAGAUCAGUGAGCAUCAUGGGUAACUUUUCAUAUCACAAAAGCAUAUAUAUACAAAGCUUUUUUUAAUACAAACUGCAGCUCGAUGAUGCUCAGAAGAGGUGAGACUGUAACCGAUAAAAGAUUCGCAAGUCCAUAAACAGUUAUCAAGCGGUUGAACGUGUAAAAUGAAUCUACCCAUAAUCCUUGUCGGCAUCGGCUUUAUAGCUUUUUAGGUGACUAACUUUAUUGAAAUAAAUGUAUGUGCAGUGAUCGCAUAGCGCACUAAUAAUGUGUAAUAAAUUUUCAAAAUAUCUUA